GAAAAAAAAAACUAGUAUUAUCGUCAAUUAGUUUUUUUCAAAUAGUUCAAUCACGUUAUCAGUUUGGGUGUAAUCAAAGUACCUGCUACUAACAUUAGUCUGGAACAACAGGUACAGCCGUAGCGGCGCCACCCCUCUCAGUCGGUGCGCUGCAGUGGGUGGAGCACCGUCGUGUCUCUCGGGAGCCCGGACCGAUCGAUAGCUCUUCCCCGAAGAGCCAUCAGUCAUCUAGUCGUCUACAACAAGAGCGAAUUAAUUCGUCAAGGUGUCGCCGAUAAAGUUCUUCAUAGCAUACGAGAUGAAUGAAAACACCGGUCCAGCCGAAAAGGCUGAUUUGCCUCGUCCGGAAAUCAUACAAGAAAAGAAGCCGGAACCACCAACUAUCGUCCCACCAACUAACCAGCCUAUACCCGUUAUACAGAGACCGGCGCAGAAGACGGUGCCGGUCAUAGGAGUUGGGAUCAAGCCCAUCGUGCGGCGACGCCGCAACCGCGAUGUAGCGACAAGGGAUGUGGGGACUAGUACCCUGCUCAUCCAGACCCCGCACGGCGUGAAGCGCCGCAUCCUGCAGGACGAGCCCCGGUUCUGCCUCAUCCCCGGCAACCAGGCCUCCUAAGCUCCCUUCGGGAGCCAGUAGUAUUCCGUACCGUAAUGGUCCCAAUGGAAUUGUGUCUUCGAUGUCUGUAACUUUUGCAUUUUUAUAUCAUUUGCUGCGUUAGUUGAUAAGUUAGUUUAUUAAUGUUAAUGUUGGAGUAAGUUUAAAUGCGCGUGUAAACUUUAAGUACUUAUGUUAUUUUGAAGUUUAUUAGUGUUAUUAGCUAUAUUGCGAUGUUUUGCCGUCCUAACCAUUAAACCUCUUGAUUUACGAAUGUUAUUUAUAUGUUGACCCCGCUGCGUGCCAAAAUUUAAUAAAAUUGGUGUUGUGAUGUUCUCUUGUUAUUUAUUAUCCUAAACAUCCUUCUGCUGGCCAAAAGUAAUCUGAAUACAAUCAAUCAGAACCUAUUGUUGAGGUUUGAACAAGAAAUCCUUUACUUUAGGCAAGUCUGAAUAUAUUCGCGCUAAUGAUAAUUUGCGAUACCCCUAUUAAGAAGCCUAUGUCUAAUGCUGAAUAAAAUCUAACAUCUAGUUUAUGGAGGAAACAGUAGUUACAAAGAAAGAAGGUUUCAUGAAUGUUGCAAGUAUUUGA